AUGUCAACCUACGAAAUUGAACACAACACUACCGACCCCUCGGCGGCUACUCCAGCCCCGCGUCGCCGCCGCCCCGACCUGUCCACAUUCUUCUCUACUCUCUCCGAGAUCACCCCGGGUCCCGACCACCGUCCCCAUGCAGUCCCCGUACCAGGCGACGUCAGCGCAGCUUUCUACUCGCUCGCCGAAGCGUUCGAGGUCAUGCGUCGGGAGGCGGCCGGUACCCAGGAACGAGAAGGUGAUCAGGGCGGCGAGGGUGCAGAGGAUUUGUUGACUCGGAUGAUCCAAACCCUGCUCAGUGACGCAGACACACCACCCAGAGAAGUGGAGGGAGUCAGCGAGGAGUUUUGCGACACACUUGAGCGCGUCCCCAAAUCAGCUCUCGACUCCUCCCAAGUCUGUCCUAUCUGCAACAACCCCUUCCUGGAGGAUCAAUACCCGCUGGUCGUCCAGCUACCCUGCCACCCGACCCACCUUUUCGACCUUGAAUGCGUGAAGCCCUGGCUGCGUCUGCGCGGCACUUGUCCGAUGGACCGGUUCGAUUUCGCAAAGCAGCAGCGAGAAAAGAAGGAGGCGCUGAAGAAACUUGCGGAUGACGAUGAAGAGGAGGAGUGGGAUGGCAUGUACGGAUAA